UUGCACUACAUCUGCUGUUGUGCUGUGCAGGGUGUGAAUGGUCACUCUAGGAAGGUGACAGUGUGGGGCAGAAAGGGCAGCAUCGUAUACUGUCUCUCGCCUUGCAGCUGGCGGUGGAUCACAAUGCAACAAGUUCUGGAAUAUGCAUUGGAUCGAGCUGAGUACAUUGUUGAAAGUGCUCGACAGCGACCAGCCAAAAGAAGAAUUUCAUCUGGUGGGAGGAAGAGUUUGUAUCAGAAGCUCUAUGAGCUCUACAUUGAGGAAUGUGAGAAAGAGCCAGAGUUGAAGAAUCUGAGGAGAAAUGUGAAUCUACUUGAGAAGCUGGUGUCUCAGGACUCUGUGUCAUGUCUGGUGGUCAAUCUGUACCCUGGGAAUGAAGGCUAUUCUUUAAUGCUCAGGGGCAAAAAUGGAUCCGACUCUGAAACCAUCCGUCUGCCAUAUGAGGAAAGGGAGCUGCUGGAGUAUCUGGAUUCAGAGGAGUUACCGCCCAUUCUGGUGGAUCUGUUGGAGAAAUCACAGGUGAACAUCUUCCACUGUGGCUGUGUAGUAGUAGAAGUUAGAGACUACAGGCAAGCUGGUAAUACCAAGAUUCCCACUUACCAGAGCAGGCACGUCCUACUGCGGCCAACCAUGCAGACUUUAAUCUGCGACGUCCACGCCAUGACCAGUGAUCACAAAUGGACACAGGAUGACAAAUUACAGCUGGAGAGCCAGUUGAUUUUGGCCACGGCUGAACCUCUGUGCCUGGACCCUUCCAUUUCUGUUACUUGCACAGCCAACCGCCUGCUCUACAACAAGCAGAAGAUGAACACUCGCUCCAUGAAACGAUGUUUCAAGAGGCAUUCUCGAGCUGCUCUCAACCGGCAGCAGGAGCUGUCUCAUCUGCCCAUUCCACCACAGCUGCGGCUCUAUGACUACCUACAGAGAAGAAAAGAGAGGAAACCUGCUCCUGUCAUAGACCUGAAGAUCUCAAAGGUUGGAAAUUGCGUAGACAUGUGGAAGCAAAACAACUGCCAACUCACUGUACCGAAGGAGAUUGACGUGGAAAAGUAUGCUGUGGUUGAGAAAUCUUUGCAGUUGGAAGACUCUCAGCCCACCACUGUGAUCUGGCCUGCUGAGGAGGUUGUAGAUGACUACACGUUUGAGUGUGAAGUGGGGGGCCAAGCUCAAAAGACCAAGGUAUCCAUCUUCCAGACAAUGGGAGACCCACUGGUGUACGGAAAGAUCUACUGUGCUAAAGAACCAAAGGCAGAGGAGGACAGCACUGAUCUAAAGCUCAUUCAUCCUCCUUUCCUCAUAGGCUCAAAGAUAGAUGCAGAAAGGUUUCUUACUCAGUACAAAGGAGUGUAUGAAAGAGAUGUGAAAUGUCAGGUCAAGAUGUCUCAUAACUCAGGCACAGUGGGACAGGGCCCUCCCUCUCCCAGCAAAGACGAAGGUGAUGGAAUGUCUCCGCUGGUCCAAUCGUCUGUGUUGGGAAAAGGGGUGAAGCAUCGACCACCUCCCAUUAAACUGCCUUCCGGACAGAGCGGAAGCUCCUCAGGUAAUCCAUAUAGUUCACAAACUAUCAGUAGUCUACUUAAGUGUCCUACACCACCACCUCCAGCCAGAGGCCAGGCUCUGAACAGGAAGCACUCUGCGGACCUGGGCCAGGUGGGCCUUCUGUCGCCUGCUUCCCUCUCCCCGAUGGGCUCAACACAGAGAUCGGGGACCCCCAAGCCAUCGACGCCAACACCAACAAAUACGCCAUGCUCCACCCCGCAUCCGGCCGACUCACUCUCUGCCCCCCUCUCGGUGACCCCCACCCCCUCGGACCCUGCCUUGGUUCAGAGCCAGUCGCAGCCGGCUCUCCUCACACCCUUUGCCCAGCAGCAGUUAGCUUUAAGCCAGUCCCUUCCUGUCAUGACCAUUCCCCUGCCCACCAUGGGCACGUCCAUCACCACAGGAACCACCUCCUCACAGGUCAUGACCAGUCCAGCUGGGCUCAACUUCAUCAAUGUGGUCGGCCCCGUUUGCAGUCCUCAGACUUUGAUGAGUGGCUCCAACCCCAUGCUGGGCCCAGGGCUUAACCUGAGUGGAAUCCUGCCGCCUGGGGGUUUGAUGUCCACCAUGCAGUCUGCAGCCCAGGCCGGGAGUCAUUUUGGACUCAACAACAGUGCUGGGCUGAGACCCCUGAACCUGCUUCAGAUCCCCACCGGCCCUCUCAUCUUUAACUCUCUGCAGCAGCAGCAGCUGCCCCAGUUCUCGCCUCAGCAGAGUCAGUCAGCAACGUCCAGCCCUCAGCAGCAAGCGGAGACGAGUGACCAGAUUUCGGAUCAGAGUUUAGGAAACCAACAAACUGCUGUCAUCAACCUGGGGGUGGGAGGCUUCAUGUCCCCGCAGGCAGCAGUGCUGUCCCAGUUGGGCUGUGGGCUGGACGGGUCUGGGCCCCCGAUGCCUUCUCCAAGGCCUCAGCAGCAGCACCAACCACAGAUCCAACACCAAAUGCAGCAGCAGCAGCAGCAAAUGGCUAUGGGAGCGGCACCUCCUCAGGGGGGAGCGGCACGGCAGCAUACCGCCAGCCAACCAAGAAGUAAAAGGAAGAGGAGCACCCCGCAGCCCCUCCCCAAGUCGUGA